AGUCGACGUCACGGAGAAGGUCAGACCGCGAUGAACCUUCUUGACCUGCUGCCGCCACCGAUAGACGAUAUCCUCGGCUUUCUGGACGACGCACCGUCCAGCGAAAGCUCGGCAGCACUCGAGACGUCGCCGACGGGCCGUGCGAAGCGGCGCAAGCGUGUCCAGACCAAGACUGUCCUGGAUGCGCUCCGCAGGCAGCAUGCGCACCUCGCCGUCGAGCUCGACCGCCUCCAGCGCGCGUCCGCACUCAAGGUCCAGGGUCUUUCUGACGUCGAAGCGAUGUGGGAGCGCGUUGCCAUGAGCCAAAAGGCUCUUAAGCUCAAGGCGAUGCGCGACAACGACGAGCUGCGUGGGUACAUUGCCGAGCAGAACGAGUACCGCAACUACUUGGAGCGCAUGCUGCUCAAGCGACCACGCGCAAUCACUGCCAUCAUGGACAAGCUCGUGGACGAGCGCUGGCGGUCGCUCACCCUGCCCGCCGAGAGCAACUCGCGUGUCGCCGCCAUCCACGCGAUUGCAGACCGCCAGUACGAAAUGGUCGAGACCGAAAUGGUGACAAAAGGGCUCUUUGGUCCGAUGCCGACGGACCUCCUCGAGGUGAAGCUCGCACCCCACGACCCGCGCCUGUGCACGGCCGAGGGUGUCCGGUACACGGUGCUGCAAGCUACGAUGACACAUGUGCCUGACGUGGCCAUGGAGGUGCUUGGGCGUCGCCAAGAGAUCCUCGAGCGUGAGGCUGCGGCCCGCGACCGCCACUCGGCGGCGAUCGAUGCGACCAAGCACGUGCAGAUGCUGGACGCCGACACCAUGUACACGCGGGAGCUCUUAACACACCCGAGAGGCAAGGUGCAAGUGGCAACGAGCCUCGUCAUCAAACGCUUCAUCGCGCCGUCGACAGGCAACGUGUGCAUUGUGUGGCGCAGCGUGCUUCACGACGAGCUCUUGCCGCCGGCCGUCGGCAGCUUUGUCAACGACGAAUACGGCUGGCUCUAUUUCGAACCAAAAGACGCAGAGCACGUACACUACAAGGUCUUUCUCAGCUCGUCCGUGCCGCACGUCUCCAGUAGCGUCGACCACCUGAGCGACCUCGUGCAAAUGAUCGACUUGGCCGAGCAUGCGGCGCCACUGCCAAGCACGAGCGACACGCUUGUUGACACGGUGCGCAGUGCGUUCGUUCGCGCCACGACGCACUUUGAACAUGAGAUUCAGCUCAUGGCCAAAUCGCAUAUUUUGUAACAUACUUUUUCCUGUCGACG